UAAUGCUGCUAUUUAAAAUCAUAGAGUAUUUAGCAAGAAAAACUUCUCUGCUAAUUCUCCUAUAAUACUUAAGCUGUGUAGUAUAAGCCUAACAACAACAUUUAAUUGAUCAGAACUUUUUUGGAGACUUUUCUACUGCUGAAAGUAAUUUUUUUUCAAAUCAAAUAGAUUGGUAUAGAAGAAAUACUGCAUUGUCUCCUACAACAAGCUGUGGAUCAUCAAUAUUAUUUGGAGGAUAUCAAAACUUCGAUAAUAAUUAAUUCAUAGCAAAAACAUUUGAAUUACCUCCACACUAUUAGGUUGCAAUUAAAUUUUCCUUUUGGAGGUAUUUAAUUGUUGAAAAAUAGAAUUGAUUAAUGGGAUGAUCAUGAUCAUUUCUCCAUUUAUUAGGAUAACGUUCAAAUUCAUAAUGAUCAAUAUUCUAAUCAUGAUAGUUCUACUAAUUUAUGUGGGAAUAGUUUACAAUCUGAUUUCGUACAUUAAAUUGAAAAAGUCUUCGAUCACUCAAGUACUACGGUUUAAAUUUUAAUGACUUCUACAGAUGGGGGAUGGUGGGGAAUUUCAGAAUUUACAUUAUAUGUUGCGUCAUGUCCUAGUGGUUGUAAUUCUUGCAACAAAUUUGGUUGUCUUUCAUAAAUUUUACAGAUUAAAUCUUUUACUAGAAGAAUUUUAGGGGUUAUUCCAGAUUAAGAAGGAUGGCUUUAUGAUGAUACAAUAACAACCCUUAGAAACUAAUGUUCAGGUAUUUAUAAUUUAAAUAUAAAUAAUUAGAUUUUUAUUAUUUAACUUCUCCUGGAGACCAUCUUUCGAAAUCAAUAGAGUUAGAUAAUCACAUUGCUAUAAGUUUGUAGUUUAAGGUAAUAACUUUCAAUACAAUUUCUUCCAAAUUCAGAAUUUUCAUAGAUGAUAAUUUAAUAGUUAAUUCGUAAAUAGAUCAAUAAGUAUAUACAAAUGUAAAUUUCUGUUCAUAAACUAUAAUAUCUUAGAUAAAUGUUUUUUAACUCGAACAUACAAAUAACCUUAUAAAAAUUGAUAUAAUAGUAGAAUUUUUAGGAAUACCUUUUACAAAUUAAAACUAAAAAUUCGGGAUUAGAGAUUUUUAAUUAUUCUUAAAACCCUCAAGAUUAUUCGAUUUUUGCACAGAUUAAAAUCUUUACCGUUUUGAUGGAUGCUAUCCUUAACUUUAUGCUUUUGUCGAAGGAUGUAAUAAUUACAUAAAAGGAAUUUGUGUUGAAUGCUAAGAUGGAUGGGAAUAUGUAAAUUAAAUUAACAGUUGUAUUCCUAAAUGUGGAGAUUUGAAGAUUACAUAAUUCGAAGAAUGUGAUGAUGAUAAUAAUAUCCCUUUUGAUGGUUGUCAUGAAUGCAAAUUUUCUUGUCCUUUAGAUUGUCUUGUCUGCUAAUUUGGAAAAUGUUUAACAUGUAAAUUCCCAAAAGACUUGAUUAACAACAAAUGUCUUAAUCUUACUAUCAACUUUGGAGAAAUUAAAUUAGAUGAAGACAGUAUUAAUUAUUUCACAAGUGUUCUCGAAUAGGAAUAGUACAUUAAUUUAAUAAAGCACUUUAGUUAAAAUGGAAAAAAUACAUUUAUUUUGAAUCCCUUAAAAAUUGAAAAUUGUCUUUAACAAUUAUAUAAUUAUUGUGUGAAAUGUGAUAUUCAUUACUAAAUUAGCUUUAAUAAAAAAUACUGUACACCAUUAUGUAAUGAUGGGAUUACUGUCCAAACAGAAAUUUGUGAUGAUUAAAACAAUUAAUAAUUUGAUGGAUGCUAUAAAUGUGAAAAAAGCUGUUAAUUAGAAUGCCAAAUUUGUGUAGGAACAAAAUGUUAAGUUUGCCAGGAGGGCUGGGAACUUUUGGAUGGUCAUUGCUAUUAAAUAUGUGGAGAUAAUAAAUUAGCAUAACUUUCUAUCGAGUAAUGCGAUGAUGGCAAUUUUUAACCAAAUGAUGGAUGUUAUGAAUGUAAAUUUCAAUGUGAUCAGUAUUGCUAUUCAUGUGUAACAACAGAUGUUUGUUAUUUGUGUCAAAAUUAUUUUGAAAAUAUUAAUGGAAGAUGCCGACCUAUCUGUGGGGAUGGCCAUGUAGUCAUUGGCUUAGAAGAAUGUGAAGACUAAAAUUAGGAAUAAUUUGAUGGAUGUUAUUAAUGUUAAUUUCAAUGCCAUGAAAAAUGUGAGAAAUGCUAUUAAGGAAAAUGUAUUUUAUGUUUAGAAGGCUAUAUUCUGUUGAAUGGCCAAACUUGUUAAGCCACUUUAGAAAAUUCGCAAGAAUAAGUAGAAGAAGACGAUAAUUAAGAAUAAGAAUAAACAAAAAAUAGUUGUGGUGAUUAAAUUACGUAAUUGGAAGAAGAGUGCGAUGAUGGAAAUUAAUUAAAUUAUGAUGGAUGUUCGGAUAAAUGUUAAAUUGAAGAAAAUUGGCAUUGUACUCAAAAAGUGCCUAAUAGAUGCUACUCUUAUACUUCUUUUUUACUCUCUUUUCUAAAUUAAACUUAUGAUAAGUAAUAUAUUUAAAUGUCUUUCACCCAGAGAGUUAGAUGGAAUGGUUCGUUUUCAAAUUUUUCGGAAGCAAUUUAAAUAGAAAUUAUAGGCUUAGAUAAAUUCUAAUAUAGUAUUUUAAUUAUUCCUGUAAUUUCUAUUGUAGAAUAAACCCUUAAAUAUCCAAUAUAUGAAUUUGAAAUUUAAUUUUUAAAACCAUAAAUUGAUCAACCUAUACUAGAGGUCUUGAUUUAAGAUGGAAUAAUCGAUGAAUAUGAAUAAACCUUAUAAACUAAUACAUAAAGUUUACCAAUAUAGAUAGCAAAGAUCUUAAGCCUAUCUGAAUUAAAUACUGCAAAUAAGUUCUAAUAAUUAGGCAAUUACAUGAUGAUUGGAUUAGGAUGCAGUAGUGGUUUAAUGCUAUUAUUUGGAGAUCCAGCUUAAAGUUUAGAGAUUUUUGAUACUCUAUAAUUUUAAUCCUAUUUGAGGUUCAUAAAUGUUAGAUUUCCAUAAAAUCUUUAAAUUUAUUUUGUAUCAUCUGACUUUGUAACAAUUUCACCGGUGCUUGUAAAAUUAAAUAUUAUGGAUUUUUUUGACUAAACAAUUGGAUAACAUCAUGUAGAUAGUAUUGGCAAGCUUUCAGAAUAUAAGCUUAACGCAGAUUUAUUAACUAAUAUUUAUAGCUAAAUGACUUAAUCUCUAAUAUUUGCAACUCUCUACAUAUUUCUACUUUUCUAUUAACAAUUCUUUAUGAAAUUCUGUUAUACCAAUAAGCACUUCUAUUAUAUUAGAUUAAGUAAUUCAAAAAUAGUUGAAUUUUUAACAAUCAAAAUUUACCUCUUAAAUAAAAAAAUUUUAAAUUUGAUUAAUCUAUAUACUAAAAAAGGAUUUAUUUAAUUGUUUUAUGCCAAUAGUUGGGAUUUAAUUUUUAAAGUAUUUAUGUAUUUAGUGUCACAUGAUAGAUCAGGAUAUAGAACUUUCAUUUCAUAUUUUAUAUGCAUACUUUACAUAGGUUUAGUGAUUUUCUUAUUAAUAUCGCACUUUAGAUAACAGGAUAAGAGGUUGCUAUUAGUAAAUGAGAUUAAAGCUUACUAAUAUGAUGGUGUUGUUCUAUUCAAAAAAUUUUCAUUUAUUUUAAUUCUAGUAGGACUCUAGACUAACUCGUCUUACUAAUGCCUUUUACUAACCUUUAUUUUAUUUUUUUACAUAGGGGUAAUAUAUGUGUUUGGUUUUGUAAAUUCAAAUCUGGAUUUAUUUAUAAUUAUUUGGAUGGAAUUUCCUGUAAUGAUAUUUACAUUAUUAAGUCUAAUCUAUUGCCAAGAUUUCUAUAGAUUCUUAAAUCAAGAUCAAUAAACAAUACUUGCUUUUGUCCAGAUAAGCGUUUUAAUUUUGGGGCUUUUAGGACCUUUAAUUAAAACUGGAAUUUAAUUCUACCAAAAAAUAAAGCAAUAUAAUUUGGAACGCCAAAUCCUCCAUCAAGUUAACCUGCCAACUUUUAAUAAUAUGAUCAUAAUAACUAAAAAAUGA